AUGGGUCACGUUACGGACCCAGCGGUUCGUUCGAGUACCAUUAUCCGGAUUGCCGCUGGGUGCAACGGUCGCCAAGCUCAGCUAAAGGAAGCAUAG